UGCGGUCGUGCCCAGGUGAACAGCUGGCGCUAAACAGGCUCCUGGAAACGAGCACGCGAGAGCACGUGCAAACGCGUCGCGGGGCGAAAGACACCAAGUCGUUGGCUGACGUUUGUAGCCAGGCAGUCCGCAUGGUGUGCUUGAGAACACCGAUUUGGUCUUGUUAAGCACGCGUCCCUCACCACCUGCAAGAUGCAUCCGGGUUUGGUGGGGCAGUUGAGGCAAUCGCUAGUUCGCUAGUGCGGGCAGCAUUUGUACGUCUCUCACUGUAAUCUGCCGCUUGAAGACUCCUCCUCAGCAACAGCGUCGACAACAACCAAACGAAAGCAGCAAGCAUGGCCUCGAUAUCGCUUGCGGACUACCCUCCAGAGCUCUCCAAGGAAGAAGAGCUUUAUCUGAUUUCGAAUCUCAAAGAUUGGUCAAUAGCGCACGGUCUAGCAGUCCGCCCGGCUCCAGCAUUUGUCCAACCAUCGCAGGAUCCUUCUGGUGUGCUUGCGACAACGGCUCCAGUCACCCUGUUUCCCAGCCUGUUCCCGGCUUCAUGCUUCGAAGAAGGUCUUGCCAUACAGAGAGCUUACAACGAGCUCUACUCAGCAAUCGCGAGGGACGAGGCAUGGUUGCAGAGCAUCGUUGAAGAGCUGCUGGGUAUUGACGACUUCGUUACAAAGCUAUGGCAAACUCAUUUAAUGGUGAAGGAGGAAGGAUAUGCUCAAGACCUCUCCCUUGGACUAUUCCGCUCGGACUACAUGGUACACCAAGACCCGUCAGAAGCCAACCCUGCACCUAGCUUGAAACAGGUUGAAUUCAAUACCAUUGCUUCCUCGUUCGGUGGUCUGUCAUCUCAGGUGUCCGCUCUACAUAGGUAUCUGCUCACGAUCGAUGCCUAUCCGUCUUCAACUUCAUCUAUCGUCAAGGCCGAAGCACUCCAACAGAGCAGAUCAGCUUCAUCCUUGGCGAAAGGCCUCGCUGCCGCACAUAAAGCCUAUGUAUCAUCUCAGGCUAACCGUCCCUUAUGCGUGUUAUUCAUUGUUCAAGAUCCAGAGAGAAACGUUUUCGAUCAGAGACAUCUCGAGUAUGCCUUGUUGGAAGAGAACGGGGUUCGCUCUUUCCGCCUACCAUUCGGAGAAACACUGUCUCACACUAAACUCGACGCUGAUCGAACGCUGCUUUACACGCCGCCCAACUCACCUUCGACGUCGUACGAGGUGACGACGAUCUACUUCCGAGCUGGCUACUCGCCCGAUGACUACCCGAAGGACGAAGAUUGGACUGCUCGGCUUCACCUGGAGAAGAGCCGUGCUAUAAAAUGCCCCAGCAUCCUGACGCAUCUCGCUGGCUGCAAGAAGGUUCAACAAGUGCUAGCUACUCCACACUCACCGCAUCUAAAACGCUUCCUUCCGGAUGAAAAGGUUGCAGCUCGAGUGCUAGCCACCUUUGCACCCAUCUACCCGCUCGAUAGCAGCGAGGCGGGAAGGGAAGCAAGGAGGCUUGCCGCUGAUCCUGCAUCUGCAUCUCGAUAUGUUCUGAAACCCCAACGCGAGGGAGGUGGCAACAACAUUUACCGGAAAGCCAUCCCUCCAUUUUUGGAGAAACUGCCAGAGACACACUGGCCGGCGUACAUCUUGAUGGAGAUGAUCGAACCGCCUCCACUGACAAAUGCCAUCCUUCGCAAUGGAGAGCUGCAGAAAGGAGGUGUCAUUUGUGAGCUAGGUGUGUACGGAGUAUGUCUCUGGCGAGAUGGAAGUGGAGCCGAGCAGAAUAAGGGCGAGAUCUUGGAGAGUUGGGAGGCGGGGUACCUUCUCCGCACGAAAGGUGACCAGAGUGAAGAAGGGGGGGUAGCCGCAGGUUUUGGAGCGGUUGACAGCUGCUGCUUAGUAGACGGCUGAGGCUUGUUGGUUGAGGAUGCUGCUGCGGUCUGAUAGUCUAUUCCGUUAAAAUGCUAUCAUCAGCUUAAUUUGGAGAGCUCAAACACUGCCACUACCGUUUCAUU